AUGCAUUUUGUUCAUGCGUUUAUUCGUUAUGUUAUAAUUAUUUAUUUUAUCAAAUGGAAUGGAUAUAAUUUCCAUAUAUUAAAAAGACAAUGUUUUAAAGAUGAUGAGAAUAUUAAAGAGAGAAGUGUCAGAAAAUGUAAAAAAAAUAAUUGCAGUAAUAUGUAUCAUUCAAUUGUAUAUAUAAAAAAUAAAAGAGGGGUAAGGGGAGAAGAACAAAAAAAAAAAAAAAUAAUAAAUAAUAAAUAUCUAUACCUUCUUAAUAAUUUCAUCGAUAUAAAUAAAGAUAAAACUUAUUUAUCUACAUCAUUAAAUAGAAAAUAUUUUAAAAAUCAAAAGAACGAUGCUCACAAAAUUUGUAAAAAUAAAAUAGAGGAUUACAAAACAAUUAAUCUAUAUAUGAACAAGAUUGAAGAGGAAUCAAAGGAAGAGAAACAAAAUGAAGAAGAUAUAUUAAAUAAGGACAAUAUAAAUAAUAAACCCAUUUAUAUAAAUAAUAAUAAUAAUAAUAAUGAUAUAUUUUAUGAUAAGUUUAAUACAAAACAAUAUGAAAAAAUAAUAAAAAAGAAAAAUAUUCAUUCUAUAUUAUUAUGUGGAGGCAUAGGAAAAAGAACUGAAUUGAUAGGUCCUAAACAAUUUUUAAAAUUAAAUGAUAUACCUCUUUUUAUAUAUUCAUUUAAUUUAUUUAUAAAAUGUAAUUUAAUCAAAUCUCUUACUUUAGUAUGUGAUAAAAAACAUUUUGCAUCUAUCAUCCAAAGUAUAAAUGUAUAUAAUAAACUUCUUUUAAAAAGAAAAAUCAUAAACUCCUUUUUAAAAAAUGUAAACGAUAAAUUAAAUGUUAAUAUGAAGGAAUAUCAUGAAAAUGAAGAAGACAAUAUAAAAGAAUUCAAUUCACAAAAAAUAAAUAUAGAAGACAGUCAUUUUAAUGAUGCUAGUAAUAUAACAGAUUAUAUAAAUAAAAAUACAUACAUUAUAUAUGAUAAUGAAAAAAAUAAAUGCAUUCUAGAUAUGAAGGAACUAUUAAAUGAUUUGUCAAAAGGUAUUAGGAUAAGAAAAAAACAUGAAAAAAAUGAAAAACAUAUAAUUAGAAUAAAACCAAAACAUAUUAAUAUCAAUAGAUAUAAAUUAUUAAAAAUUGUAGAAAGUGGAAAGGAACGAUUAGAUUCUUUUUUAAAUGCUAUGAAAUCAAUAGAUAUAGAAUUAAAUAGUCAAACAUAUAUUUACGAAUUAUUAAAAAAAUAUAACGAAGAGAAAAAUGAAAAGAAUGAUAAUAUAUUAUACGAAUUUGAAAAUAUUAAUAUAAACAAUUGUAAUAAAAAUCAUAAUUCAAAUAAUGAUAAUAUAGAAAAUAAUAAUAUUAAAAAGAAGAAGAAAAAAAAAAUAAAUGUAACAAAUAUUUUAAUACAUGAUGGUGCUCGUCCUUUCUUAUCAGAAUUUGAUUUCUUUAAUUUAAUUUAUUAUUCCACUGUCGAUAAAAAUGUUAUAUUAGGUUCAAAAGCGACAGAUACUAUAAAAUUGAUACAACAUGAAGAAGAAAAUAAAAAAAAGACAACUAGCCAUUUUAUUAAAAAAACUAUAGACAGAGACACUAUAUUCCAAGCACAAACACCACAAAUAUUUGAUAGUAAAACGUUGCAUAAUAAUAUAUUGGAAUAUAUACUUCCAAAUAAAAAUAAUGAAAAAAAUAUAAAACAAAAAAUAAAUAUAAAUAUUAUAAAUAAUAAUAAUCAUUCUAACAGUGAAGAACAAAAUAGUAAACAAUUUACAGAUACCUCUUCUUUAUAUGAAUAUUUUAAUAAAUCCAAAAAAAAAAAAAAAAUUUUUGUGUUACAAUCUAAUUUUCCUAAUUUUAAAGUAACUACACCAGAAGAUGUUUUACAUUCAUUUUUUCUUAUGAAAUAUAUUUAUAAUUAUAAAUUUAUUGAUAUAGAACAAAGUAUAUUUAAAGAUGAAUAUAUAAAUUCGCAUUCAACUUAUAUAUUAAAAAAGCAGUUUAAUAAUUUCUUUUUCUAUGAUGCUUUAAAUGAAAAACAAAAAAUACUUUAUCACAAAUUUUAUUACAUUUCAAAAUGA